AUGCUGCACCUUCUCCGACUGAAGCAACACCUCAAGCGCAUUGAAUUGGAUGUCGACAAUCUGCAAGCCGAGAUCAACUUGGCGGCUGACGUUGCUGGCCUUGUAUCUAUCAAUGCUGGCGUCCAAAUUGGUAUCCAGAAGGUGAACAUCACCAUAGCAGAUGUCGAGGCACAGUUGGAGCUGAUCAUCCGCCUGGGCCACCUGGUGGAUAUUGUGAACCGCACUCUCCAGUCUCUGGAUCUCAACCCCCUGCUGAUCAAUCUACUCAACGAUCUUACGGACGUGGUGACGGAAGUCAUUGGUGCUGUGGACGGCUUGCUAGGCUCUAUCGUACAGGGAGAUUCUAAGCUCAACUUCAUCAUCGAUAAUCUCGGCAAUAUCGUCCAGGAGGUUGUUGGCACAGCCGGCAGUGUUCUCAGCUCAAUUGUGGGCAACUACCAGCAGAAUAUGACUUUCACGGGCGAAGCAGAGACUUUAUCAGGAGGAUUGGUGAAGAAAACAUACGAAUACAGCCCACUCGGCAGCUUAGUGGACAUCAUCUUCAACGCGCUUGGGCAGGUGGUGCAAGCUACUGUGGUGAAGAGCACAUCAACAGCUACCAGCGGCACGACGGCGACGACUGCAAGUCCUACAUCUCCUGCAACGUCCGUACCGGCGCAGACAACUUCUGCUUGA